AUGCUAGGUGCCCGUGUGGUGAUUGCAUGCCGCGAUCUCGCCAAGGCAGAGCAGGCAGCGGCAGACAUCCGCAGGACCACGGGGAACGGCAACGUGGAGGCACGGCGGCUGGAUCUGGCCUCACUCAGCUCCGUGCGCCAGUUCAGCAGGGAGUUCAACGAGAGAGAGGAGAGGCUGGACAUCCUCAUCAACAACGCAGGUGUCAUGAUGUGCCCCAAGUGGCUGACUGAGGAUGGCUUUGAGAUGCAGCUCGGCGUCAAUCACCUGGGCCAUUUCCUGCUGACCAAUCUGCUGCUGGACAAGCUGAAGAGCUCCGCCCCCAGCCGUGUGGUCAAUGUGUCCAGCAUCGCCCACAAGGGGGGAAGAGUGCACUUCGAUGACAUCUUCUUUGAGCACAGCGAGUACAGCCCCCUGGAGAGCUAUCGGCAGAGCAAGCUGGCCGUGCUGCUGUUCUCCAGAGAGCUGGCACGCAGGCUGCAGGGCACUGGAGUGACGUCAUACUCCCUGCACCCCGGGGUGAUCCGCACGGAGCUGGGGCGUCACGUGCUGGGUGGGUAUCCCCUGCUGAAGAUGAUCGUGAGCGCCCCCUCUCUGUGCCUCAUGAAAACACCAGUCCAGGGAGCACAGACCAGCAUCUACUGUGCCGUGUCUGAAGGACUGGAGAGAAGCAGUGGGCUGUAUUUCAGUGACUGCUCCCUGAAGGAGCCGGCUCCCGAGGGGCAGGAUGACCGGGUGGCCCGGCAGCUGUGGGAGCUGAGCGCCAGACUGGUGGGACUGGAAGAGAACUAACAGCAGAACCUAGCCCUGGAGAGGAAUCUGCUCACAGCACAGCAGUGAAAGCAGCGCCAUGGGAAGGAACACAGCACCGUCUCACAGCGACCAACAGGAACUACUGACGAAUAAGAAACAGCUCGCCACUGACUCUACAGCCAGGGCCAAACCAUUAGCAUCACCCUGCAGAAUGAACUCAUUCUGCAAUGAAACCUGCUGAAUAAUGUUACACUAACAUAUUGAA